UGCAAAAGUUGUACAUAUAGAGGAAAGAGCCGUUGUCCGUGGCGACAACCAAAAUGGGCUGUUGCUGCAGCUCCUGCAGAAAGAAGCAAAACAGACCCAGCGCGUCUUUCAACAAAGAACCAGAUGCAGUGCAACAAGGAAGUAGCAACAAUUACCAGACCCAGACGAGACCCAGUCUCGCUGCUCCAUCGCAAAAUACGUUGCCGACUGCAUUGGCUCAAGUUGAAGACAUUGCAGGCCGCAAAGUGGUGAUCGGCGUUUUCGACUACCGAGCCAAGGAGGAUGGCGACCUCUCUUUCAGAAAGGGUGACAGGAUGGUCGUCAUUAGCGACGCAAAUCCAGACUGGUGGACAGUUCGUCACUUGGUGACCGGUCAAGACGGACUCAUCCCGUCUAAUUACGUUGCCGAGGAGCGCUCCAUCGAGAGUGAAGAUUGGUUUUUUGCAAACACUCCUCGAAGGGAGGCGGAAAAACUGCUCCUGGCGAAUGGAAAUCCCCGUGGAACGUUCCUUAUCAGAAACUCGGAGCACAGCCCGACCGGCUACAGCCUGAGCGUGCGGGACGUCGAGGAAACUAAGGGUGACCAUGUCAAGCACUACAAGAUCAAGGCGAGCCCUGACAAAGCGCUGUACCACAUCGCCGUCAACUACCCAUUUCCAAAUCUGCAGUCGCUCGUCCAAGCCUACAGCAAAAACUCGCACGGCCUUUGUUGCACGCUGACCCAACCAUGUCCGAAGCCGCGCCCGGAAAUGUGGGAUUUAUCGCCUUCCCACAGAGACCAAUGGGAAAUCGAUCGGAACGAAAUCAGUCUGACCAAGAAACUCGGGUCAGGAAACUUCGGCGAAGUUUGGCUUGGCACUUGCAAGAACCAACAGGUGGCCAUCAAGACCCUGAAGCCAGGGUCAAUGUCUCCUCAGGCCUUUUUGGAGGAGGCUGCCAUAAUGAAGAAGUUCCGCCACAAGAACCUGGUCGCUCUGUAUGCAGUUUGCUCAAAGGACGAGCCCAUGUACAUCAUCCAGGAGUUCAUGAAAAAGGGUUCGCUGCUCGACUACAUGCGCAACGGCGAGGGCAAGUGUCUGCUCACCAAUGACCUUAUUCACAUUUCAGCACAGAUUGCCAGUGGCAUGGAGUACUUGGAAAAGCUCAACCUGAUCCACAGGGACAUUGCGGCCAGGAAUAUUUUAGUCACUGACAAUAAUUUGGUCAAAAUUUGCGAUUUUGGCCUUGCGAGGUUGAUCGAGGAUGAUGAGUAUUGCCCAAAAGCAGGUGGUCGCUUUCCUAUCAAAUGGACGGCACCAGAGGCGAUCAUGUACAACCGGUUCACGAUCAAGUCGGACGUUUGGUCGUACGGCAUUUUGCUGAUGGAAAUCUUCACGUACGGCCAGGUGCCGUACCCUGGGAUGAACACCAGAGACGUGAUCGACGCGUUGGAAAGAGGUUAUCGCAUGUCCAAGCCGACCAACGUGCCCGUCCCGGACGACGUGUACAACGUGAUGACGCUGUGCUGGGACGCGACGCCCGAAAAGAGGCCCACCUUCGACUACCUCAAGCACUUCUUCGAGGACUUCAGCGUCUCCACCGAACUCGCGUAUCGCGAACCAGAAAACGUCUAGAUCAAAAUCUCGAUCUUGCCAAACUACUUCAUACAAUCGAAUGGAAGUCAACUAGUCCGUUUAAUUUGUAAAACAAGCUUAUAUAAUUUGUAAAUACAUAAUACUCUUGACAUAAUUUUCGAGCCUGUUGCUGAAAAUUCAAGAAAUUUUAAUUCGUUUGACUUUUUUUGGGAGAAAGAGUGUGUGUUUAAAAUGGAAUAUGCUUUAAUCUGACCCUGCAUUGUAAAGUAACUUAUUUUCUUAUCUUUUAUGAAAAAAGUAUUAAUGUAAUUUUAACCACGCAAUGCUUCUAUUAUUAAAAUAAUGAGCUUUAUCAAAUGAAUAAAAACAUAUUGUUUGUUCUCAUGUAAAAAUACCAAAUUUUA